UCCAUUUCCACAUGGAGAGAGAGAUUCAAAGUCUAGCAAUUCUAUAAAUAAAAGAGAAGAAAGGAAGGCCCUCAAACAAAAUGACACAACAAAAUUGAUUGAAUCCACCCUUCAUUCAUUUCAUUCUCAUCUCUCUCAGAAACAACAACAACAAAGAGAGAAAUGACAGAAACCAACACCUAUAUCCUCUACUUCAUCCUCUGUUUCAUCUCAACUCUCCUCCUCCAAUACUUCUUCCAUAGAUCAAAAACCACCAAAUCUUCCUCCUCCAAUCUCCGCCGCCUCCCGCCGAGCCCCCCGUCGAUCCCUCUCCUUGGUCACCUCCACCUCCUCUCCCCUUCUCUCCACAAGUCCUUCACUGCUCUUUCCUCCAAAUUUGGCCCCCUCCUCUGCCUCCGCCUCGGCGCCGUUCGUUGUAUUGUCGUCUCCUCUGCCUCCCUCGCGACCGAGGUGUUUAAGACUCAAGAUCUCGCCUUUUCUUCUCGUCCCAAGUUCGCUUUCAGCGACGAGACACCCUAUGGCAGCUCUGGAUUCUUUGCCGCCCCUUACGGCGACUACUGGCGCUUCAUGAAGAAGCUCACCAUGACUGAGCUUCUUGCUCCGAAACAAGUUGAACGAUCACGCGCUGUUCGAUAUGAAGAGGUUUUGAGGUUCUUGCGCAAAAUGGUGGCUGCUGCCAACAACAACCAGCUCGUUGAUGUUGGUGCAGAGCUCAUGAAACUCACCAACAACAGCAUUUGCAGGAUGAUGAUGAGCAUAAGAUGUGCGGACGACAGUGACGAAUCCGAGAAAAUUCGACAACUAGUAAAAGAUACAAUGGAGGUCGGAGCAAAAGUAGCAUUCGGCGAUGUGGUGGGAUGGCCGCUAAAAAGGGUGGCAUUUUGGAUAUAUGGAAAGCAAGCCAUCGACGUGACGAUGAGGUAUGACGCGAUAUUAGAGAAAGCAUUAAAACAACAUGAAGAGAGAGGGAAAGUAGAGGGUUUUGACAGAGAAGAUAGAGACUUAAUGGACAUAAUUUUGAAAGUUCAUCAAGAUAGUCAAGCUGAGUUUAAGAUUACUAGAACAAAUGUGAAGGCUUUCUUGCUAGAUCUUUUCGUCGGCGGCACCGGAACGUCGACGGAGGUGAUGCAAUGGAUAAUUGCAGAGCUCAUCAACCACCCUAAGGAGCUGGAAAAGCUAAGAGAAGAGAUACUCUCAGUGGUCGGAGACUCGAGACUGGUUCAAGAAACUGACGUUGCCAAUAUGCCCUACUUACAGGCGGUGGUGAAGGAAGGGCUAAGGAUGUACCCGGCGGUGCCGGUGGCGAUGAGGAGCUGUCCACAGAGCUGCAAAAUGGACGGCUACGACAUACCGGAAAACACCAUGGUAGGCGUUAACCUCUUCGCCAUUAUGAGAGACCCAGCCGUCUGGGAAGAUCCGAACGAAUUCCGGCCUGCGAGAUUUUUUUCUCCGGCCAAGGAUAGAGACGGCAUGAAGCAGAUCCAGUACGAAAUUAAGGGUCAAAAUUUCAACUUCGUUCCAUUCGGCGGCGGUCGGCGUGGCUGUCCGGGAUCCACCUUGGCUUUCACCACCAGCACCGUCGUCAUCGCCGCCAUGGUCCAAUGCUUUGACUGGAAAGUGGACGGCAAAGAGGAUAAGAAGGCGAAUAUGGAGAUCGGGUCGGGUCUCGGGUUGCCCAUGGCCCACCCACUCAAUUGCAUUCCUGUUGUCAAGUUCAACCCUUUUGCUUCUAAUUAAAAAAAUAAAUUAAUAUUGCAAAUAUAAUUUUAAGAGUGAAAAAGAAAGAAUGUGUAUUUUAUUGUU